CUCUCAGAACCAAACAGCGAAAGGAACCGCCUCACGCCCCGCCCACCGCGCAACGCACCCGCCCGUUUUCUCCCUCAUUGUCACAGGCGCCAACGGGGAAUGGCGGCCCUGGGAACCAAUCAGCGAAAGGAAACGCCGCACGGCCCGCCCACUUUUCCCCUCAGUGGCCACAGACGCCACAACAGGGGAGUGGGCGUCACUCCUGUAGACUGGCGGUCCUCGAAGCCAAUCAACGAAAGAGAACGGGUGACGUAGGGAGGAGUGACAACCGGGCAGGCGAAUCGGAUUCUCCUCCUUUCGACGCCCGCGCGGAAGUGUGAGUCUCAAAGGUGCUACAAGAUCUCUCUACAACAUCAUCACCAUUAUUAUUAUUACAUCCAAAUGCACCUGUGGAAGUGGACUUAAGUCUGGGGAAGCUCAUGCUGCCAGCAUCUUUCUUGCAAAUCUGGAACUUGCCUUAUUUCUCAGUUACUCUCUCAGCUCUUCACUGCAGUAGUUUCAGCCCUAGUGGGAAAUCUCCAUCAGUCAACUCACUCCAGAAGGCACAGAACUGAAGAGGAUUUUCCUCUCCAGCUUUAGACAGCAUGGCCAUAGUAUUUCUGAGCCCUUUGGACACUAAACAGGCACUUGUUGAUUUUGUCAAUACGUAGUAUGAAAAAGAAAAGAAGACCAGUCAAAGCAAAGGAAAGGAAACUGUAUAUGAAAUUUCCCCAAAGCAGGACACCGACUGUGAGAGGUGAAGACUGAUUGCUCCUGGCUUACAUUUCAGUGUCACUUCAUCAAUGGAUUUCGGGGUAUUUCGUGAUGGAUAAAAUCACUCAAGAGCCCAGCAUGGAUCCAUUGGCUGAAAACAGCAAUAACUCUCUGUUUUCCCACUUUGAGUCCUGCCAGCCAUCUCCUCCUGCAGUCUUCUUGCUCAUCACAGCCUAUGCCAUAGUCACCCUGGUAGGGCUUCUUGGCAAUCUCUGCCUGAUCAUUGUUAUUGGGAAACAGAAAGAAAGCCAAAAUGUCACUAACAUUUUGAUUGCUAACCUCUCUGUGUCUGAUAUCUUCAUCUGUGUCAUGUGCAUUCCUUUCACAGCUGCAUACACGUUGAUGGAUUACUGGGUUUUUGGAGAAGCCCUGUGUAAAAUAAGUGAUUUUAUACAAAGUAUAUCUGUCACUGUCUCCACAUUCUCACUUGUACUCAUUGCCAUUGAGAGGUAUCAGUUAAUAGUGAAUCCACGUGGUUGGAAGCCUAAUAUUUCACAUGCAUUUUGGGGCAUUGCCUUCAUCUGGGCAUUUUCUCUAAUAAUAUCAGCACCCUUUUUUAUUUUCCAUCAAAUUACUGAUGAUCCCUUCAGAAACCUUUCUUCCCACAGUGAUAUCUAUAUGAACAAAGUUGUCUGUAUUGAGGUGUGGCCCUCUAAUGAAGAACGGCGGGGCUAUACGACCACCAUGUUAGUUUGCCAGUACUUCUUCCCACUAGGUUUCAUUUUCAUCUGUUAUCUAAAGAUAUUUGUUUGUCUGCAGAAGAGGCAUGGUAAAGUGGAUAAGAUAAGGGAGAAGGAGAACAGACUCAACGAGAGCAAAAGGAUUAAUGCUAUGUUGAUUUCAAUUGUUGUGACCUUUGGUGCAUGUUGGUUACCUCUGAACAUAUUUAACAUUGUGUUUGACUGGAAAUAUGAGGCCCUGAUGAGCUGCCAUCAUGACGUGGUAUUUACUUUGUGCCACUUGGUAGCCAUGACCUCAACUUGUGUCAAUCCAUUUUUCUAUGGAUUUCUCAACAAGAAUUUUCAGAAGGAUUUGGUCAUUCUUCUUCACAACUUCAGAUGCUUUGAAUCUCAAAAAUUAUAUGAAAACAUUGCCCUUUCAACUGUGAACACUGAUGUGUCAAAAGGAUCCCUGAAACUAAACAAUAUGCCUGCAAAUAUCUGAAACCUGGAACUUUCUAACCAUUUAUGUAGCUUUGUGCUGGACUAUUGUAUCACUAAGUUACUGUUGUAUGGAAUUGUGGUAUUCUUGGUUCUGGUGCCAAUGAAGUGAAAGGGGCUUCUCCCUGUUUACCAUAGUGAGAAUGUGACCAUGUGUGAAGCCUAAAAUAUCUUCCAGAUGAAUAAAAAAAUACACAUUAUUGUUCAUAUUUUAUUAAACCUUGCAGGAGCUCCCCAUAUUUAAGUGUUGAAAAAUUGAACCUGGGAAAAGCAACAUCUUGGAAGAUGGCACUCUGACUCAUACUGAUUUAUGCAUGCAUAAGUCUAUUUUUUGAUUAGAUGCAGAUGGUUGGUUUCUUCCCCAUGCACUCCCUCCAAGAACUCCCACUCCCAGUAGCUGACAAGUUGCAUGAGGGGCUACUGCUGCUCUUUCGUACUGAACGUAAUGGGAGGGAAUGCAGACCAUGAAAUUCUGGCUGUUCUGAGUUCCUGGUGGAAGGAAAAGAUGGGUUUACUCCAUUUGAGACCUCAACCUCAUUUCUCCACACACACACACACAACUGAGCAAAGAGCAACUGUUUCUCUCUGGACUGAGGAAUUUAUCACACAUGUCUUUUAAACUACAAUUAAAGUUGCAAAAUAGUGCUUUUGGAGAUACUUCACACACAAUGUUGCCUCUGACCCGUCGCUGCUGUACCUCCAAAGCAUGGUUAGAGUGCACCUUUUCAUUGAUGAGGAAAAUCAUUAGUAAGCUCCCAGUCACAUUGCUGUGCUGUUAGUCCUCAGAUGCAAUAAGUUUCUCCUGUGGCAGUUCCAAGAUGGGGCAGCCACAUGGUACCAGUUUCCUCCUCCCCACCUCUCACCCUCACUAUUUCCAAACAAGCUAGUUUUCUUUCUUUUUGUCCUCACUUUCUUUUUAUUUCAUCUUUAUUUCACUAAAUUGCAUUGCCAUAACUGUGGGAUUGUGUUACAAAUACAAAUUUAAAUAUGAAAGGUAUGCUGAGUAGGGCACAGGGUAGGGAGGCAAGGUUAAGGGGGAGUGUAGAUGAGAAUGCAAGCUCCUGCCAUGCUAUUGAAGGGACAUGCGAGAAGGAAAGCUCUGUUUCCUUUUACUAAUACAAUGGCAUCAAGAAUGAGGCUUGUAUGAUAAAAUCCUGAAUCACUAAUUCCUCCAUUCCCCACCAAAUUACAGUGGGGUCCAUCCUAGAGUUAAUAGUUGCCUAACAGUGGAAAGAUGUGGAACUGUGUGUGCCAAGGAUCUCAGCCUCUGUGUGAGCUGUACUACAUAGAUUUAUCCCAUGCUUUUUCUGGUCUUUCUAAAGAACACCCUAUGACAAACAAAAAUAAUACUAGUACUUCAUAUCUUCAACAGCAGACUUUUGGAUUAUCUUCUUUUCAAAAUUUAAACUCUGUGUUUCCACAUGACUCCCUAUGUAAAUACUACCUCAUGUAGCCUCUGAGACUUUUGGGCAAUAUUUACCACAUGGAUUGCAUGCACUCCACUGUGCAUUUUACAGCUUCUGGAACCCCCAUUAUUAUUUCUAAUUCCACUGAGAAAAAUAAGUAAAAGGAGAACCUCUAAAGAAAGCUGUGCUUUAGCAAAGGGGUGUUUUCCUUUCCCCAGUGAGUUUUAAAAACCCUGUUAUCUUUUGUAUGUGGCCACCCUAGUGGGUAGUUGCUCUGGAGAGAAAGGGGCUGUUCUCUCUUUGCUGACUUUGUUUACAAGGGUGCAUCAUUAUUGUAUUUUGGUGGACAUCCUAAAAGCCCCCAGAUGCAAAUAGUAUCCCCCCCUCCCCUAUCAAACUGUUGUUUCAGCACUACAGUUUUGGAGAAGUGUCCCAGACAGUACUGUUGUUUUUAAGUUCUAUAAUUGAUACAUUCUUUGUUGCCUCACCCACCAAAUAAUACCACUCAGUGCAUGUGGCAUUGCAAGCACUGCUCAUUUCUCCUGCAGUUAUUAAAUAGUUGUGUUUAGUAACUGGUUUUAGUAAUGUCAGAAACAUUACAAUCUUAACCUAACCAGCACUGUGCAAUAUUCACUUGUGUCACACACAAGAAACAAAAACCCAGCACUGCAGUCUGUUAUGCAUGAAAAUGCCAGCUGUGCAAAUUCUUUAUUUGGAGCCCUGAUUUUCUGGGGUUCCAUAUGAGAGGAGGAGUUUCACACUGUAUGAACAUGUUCAGAUGUUUGUGAGAAUUUCUGUUAAAUGUGUUUAUUAAUUUCUGAUUUGUACCCAGGUACAAGAACCCUCUGAAAUCCAGAGUACAGAUCAGUUGUACCUGUGUAGGAUGAACACAUAUAGGUUUAGAUGAAGUGAUGAACACACACAUAUAUAAAUAUAUAUUGUUUCUGUUUGUUUUGUUUUCUAAAACUUUGGAAUUUCAAAUUAAUGUUUUAUAUCUUUAGUAUAUUUGAUUAUCUAUAAUGCCUUUUUGUUUUAUUUUGUGCUA